AUGGUAGAUCUUGCACAUGAGGGUCACCAAGGGGAGGCCAAGACAAAGAAACUUCUCAGGUCAAAGGUGUGGUUCCCUAAGCUUGACAAGCUUUGUGAGGUGGUAGUUAAAGAGUGUAUUCUAUGCCAGGCAGCAACACCUCAGACAGUGCGUGCCCCCCUCAAAAUGACUGAUCUCCCGAAUGGUCCCUGGGAAAACUUAAGCAUUGAUUUCGGUCAUGUAGGUAAUGAUUAUGUUAUGGUAAUUAUUGACGACUAUUCACGGUACCCGGUUGUAGAGGUGGUCUCGUCCACCUCUGCUGCUGCUAUCAUCCCUAACCUAGAUAAAGUGUUCGGCAUGUUUGGUAUUCCUAAAGUGGUAAAGACGGAUAACGGUCCACCCUUUAACAGUGACAACUUUGCUAAAUUUGCAAAACAUCUCGGUUUUAAACACAGAAAGGUUACCCCACUCUGGCCCGAGGCUAACGGGGGGGUAGAGAGGUUCAUGCGUACUUUCCGGAAAGUCCUGCUCACCUCCAAUCAUUGGAAACAGGACAUGGUUGCAUUUCUCCGCAAUUACAGGGCAACCCCUCAUUCCACAACUGGCUAUGCUCCUGCAACUAUACUGCUGGGCAGGGACAUUAAUGUUAAAAUCCCUUCUUUUUCCAAGGGGUGGGGAAAUGAUGACCUGUUAAGGAAGAAUGACCAAAAGAACAAAAUUAACAUUAAGUUAAAUGCAGAGAAAAAUUAA